UAAAUUCAGACCUUUGAACUUGUCUCCCUAUAAAGACAAGAUAUUUCCUUAUCUUCUUCUCUUGUAAUACCAACCUCAUCCGAAAAUAUAAUAUAUUGUUGGCUCUUGUUUCACACUAUUAAUCUAGCUAUAUAGAUUGUGUAAAGAUUCAAGAAAGUGGAUCCAAGGCAUGGGAAGAGGGCCAAGAGGCCCCUUCCCUCCGAUGAAUCGACUGAAAAAGCUCAAGAUGAUCAGGAUGAUCAUCAACAUAUAUUUCCUGUCUACUCGUCUCGAUCCCAACAAGAUCUUUCAGUCAUGGUUUCAGCUCUCUCCACUGUUAUUGGAAAUAAAAAGGAUCACAGCGAUUCUUCGACAGCCUUAACCGAUGACUCCCAACAACAGAUCCAAGAUCAGACAGUUGAACAUCACCAAGAUGAAGAUAAUAAGCAGCAGGAGGUGGAAGUAGAAGAAAGGAGAAACAGACACUACAGAGGAGUGAGGCAGAGACCAUGGGGUAAAUGGGCGGCGGAGAUACGUGAUCCUGUGAAGGCAGCUAGGGUUUGGCUGGGGACUUUCGAGACUGCAGAGGCUGCAGCAAUGGCUUAUGAUGAAGCUGCUCUCCGAUUUAAGGGAAACAAAGCUAAACUCAACUUCCCUGAAAGAGUUGAACUUCACCAAAUAACCAGGCUUCCUCAUAUUCCUCCCCCAAGUACUACAGCUACUCAGGACCAUCUCCCAAACAAUUAUAACCAAUUAACUCAUGAUUUUACUCAAGCUGAUCAGCAUAAGUCAUCAUUGCAUCCUUCCCUCCCUGUGAGUAGUAAUUUUAUGAAUUACCCUUAUGAUAGCAGCAAUGUUUAUCAGGAUCAUCAGCUUCAUAGUUACGGGCAGCUUGCAAGAGGGAACGAUGCUCAAUUAAACAGCAUGUCGGUAUCAGGACCUCGUGGAAGUAAUCUAUAUGCUAAUUUGGUGUCUUCUUCAUCGUCUAGUAGUAGCACGACUGGCUCCUCUAGUACUACUACCAAUCUGCAUGCAGCUUCUUCUGCAUCACAAGAAGAUGAUUUUCAGUUUGUUGGAUCCGGAACUUCUACUAAGGAUCAUCGAGAUAUUCGUGACUGAUCGAUUUCAUAAUCUUUUUAACUUGGCAAUAUGAGGUUCAUCACCAGGUGAUGAGUUCAAUUUGUAUUUCAUCCUUUCUUUUGGAUUUUUCAGUAUGGCUUGAGUUUGUAUCUGAUUUGAUUCUAUCAGUUUUGAAAAAUGAUCUGGCUAA